UCCUGCCCGCCGCAGCCCGCGCUCGGCCGGCCCGCACGGCCCGCCCGGGAGCGCCCGGGAGCGGGAACCCGGCGCCGCGCCCGCCGAGCCGCCCCUGCCCGGCCGCGCCGCGUCCAGCCUCGGGACAAUGGGACCGCGGCGGCUGCUGCUCGUGGCCGCGGGGCUCAGCCUGUGCGGCCCGCUGCUGGGUGCCCGCGUUCGAAACCGCAAGCCAGAGUCAACAAAGCCCCUUGCAACUCUUGAUCCCCGCUCGUUUAUAUUCCGGAAUUCUGAAGAUCAAUUUGAAUCUAUCCCACUGGAUGCCUAUGAGGAGAAAAAUGAAAGCAGGUUCCCAGCCAGAACGAGCUUCAACAUAAGCAGUGCUCUCGGGAAAGAGCCAGCUCCCUUCAUCUCCAAUGCCGCCUCGGGGUACCUCACCAGCACCUGGCUGACGCGCUUCAUCCCCUCCGUCUAUACUGGCGUGUUUGUCAUCAGCCUCCCUCUGAAUGUCAUGGCCAUCGUGGUGUUUGUCCUGAAAAUGAAGGUCCAGAAGCCCGCAGUGGUGUACAUGCUACACCUGGCCACGGCUGACGUGCUCUUUGUGUGUGUGCUGCCCUUCAAGAUAAGCUACUACUUUUCGGGAAGUGAUUGGAAGUUCGGGUCCGAGAUGUGCCGCUUCGUCACGGCCGCCUUCUACUGCAACAUGUACGCCUCCAUCCUGCUCAUGACUGUCAUCAGCAUCGACCGCUUUCUGGCCGUGGUGUACCCCAUGCAGUCCCUCUCCUGGCGCACGCUGGGCAGGGCUUCCUUCACCUGCGUGGCCAUCUGGGCCGUGGCUGUGGCCGGGGUGGUGCCGCUGCUCCUCAAGGAACAGACUCUCAAAGUCCCGGGACUCAACAUCACCACCUGCCACGAUGUGCUCAGCGAGUCUGUGCUCGAGGGCUAUUACACCUAUUACUUCUCUGCCUUCUCCGCUAUCUUCUUUUUUGUGCCGCUGAUCAUUUCCUCCGUCUGUUACGUGUCUAUCAUUCGCUGCCUGAGCUCUUCCACGGUUCCCAACCGGACCAAGAAGUCCCGCGCCUUGUUCUUGUCAGCUGCUGUCUUCUGCAUCUUCAUCGUCUGCUUUGGACCCACCAACAUCCUCCUGAUUCUGCAUUACUCCUUUUUCUCUCUGCAUGCCACCGCGGAGACUGCCUACUUCGCCUACCUUUUGUGUGUCUGUGUUAGCAGCAUCAGCUGUUGCAUUGAUCCCUUGGUUUACUAUUAUGCUUCCUCCGAUUGCCAGAGGUACCUCUACAGUAUCUUGUGCUGCAAAGAAAGUUCUGACCCUAGCAGUUACAACAGCAGCGGUCAGCUGAUGGCUAGUAAGAUGGAUACCUGCUCUAGUAACCUGAAUAACAGCAUUUAUAAGAAGCUGUUAACUUAGGAAAUGACUCUGCUGGUGAGUUAGAAAGAGGAGACUGUGGGGGGAGAAAUGAAUUAUGAAGAUCCUGCUAGUCUCUGCCAAAAAAGUAUUUGCUUCACCACCUAUAACAGCAAAUAUAUGUCAUGCAUGCCUCCAAUAAGCAUAUAUAUAUUCAUUGGUUAUAAGAAAACAUAGCAGCUAUAGAAAGCAGAGAGGAUUGUCAGUGCCACCAUAAUAACUCAUACCAUUUCUGAUAUACGUAGUUGCUUAUUUUCUACAUAAAUGUGAUGUAUAAAUAGGUGUAUGUAUACCCUUGAAUUGUUCACAUUGCGGUUUAGACCAGGCACUUUGCCACCCUCUUAUUUGCCCGCACCGUUGUAGGAAAAAACUCUGAUUCUUUGAUUUCAUACAGAGUUUAAGUUGGUGAAGUUUAAUAUCUGAAAACGCUAAUCAGUAGGGAGGGAUUCUGUAGCUUGGACUCAUAUAGCUUCUGCAAAUAUAUGUAUUUUGAAAACCUUCAGUGGCAGUGUUUAAGUUAUUGAGGGAGAAGACAAUAUUCUUUGCAGAAAAACAUGAUUUUUUCAUUUUAAAUAUAUCAGUGAUUGAGUUCUUGAAAUUAUGGAAACAGGAUAUGGAGAGCAAUUUUUGCUGUUUUACACGGUGUAUAUAUAGAACAAAGCAUCCAUCUCAUGGGGGACCUUAGGUUGACUUUCCUAGUAAAUCGCCCCUGGAAGAAAGACUCCAAGCAAGGGGCCCAAGGCAGGGCCGUGUGGGACCCCUGCACUGGAGCCUCCCAGUGAGCAGGGCAUCUGCACCCCCACAGCAACUUAUUCCUCCUGGGGGAGCCCCUCAGGAGCUGACUCUGAAUGGAUGAUGCUUUUUAGAACUUGGCGAGACAGGCGGCAGUUUCCCAGAAGAUGGCAAAUACAGAAAGAUCCAACUUGAAUGACUGUAAAAUGACCCACUUUUCAGACUGGAAAAGUGUUUCAUUUCCAGCAGUUUUCCUUCUCAUGGACACAUCCAGACCUGCCACGUGCUUUCUUGCUCCCUUGAAGGCCCACCCUCAUCAGAAUAUUCCUCAUCUUCACUGGGCAUGGAAUAAGGUGCAGAGCUGCCCUCAUGAAGAACAGAGUACACUGGGACACAGAGGGUGAGAUUAGUACAAUAAAUAUAAUAUAAAAAAUGUUUUUAGUCAGAUGUCCACAUGCAUAUUUCAGACCUCUUGGCCUGACUGUUGACAAUUUUGAACAUGUGGGUUACUGAUUCCUGUGGUUUUAACCAGAGAAGAAAACAUAAUUUAAAAACUAUAUCUAAAAUUUAGCCAGGGGCCAGAGCAGUGGUACAGUGGGUAGGGCAUUUUCCUUGCAUGCAGCCCACCCAGGUUUCCCCCUGGCAUCCCAUAUGCUCCCCCAAGCACCACCGGGAGUAAUUCCUAAGUGUAGAGCCAGGACUAACCCCUAAGCAUUGCCAGAUAUGACCCCGCCCAAAAAAAGCCAUAAAAUUUAGUCAUUCCACCUAUAUUUAGUGAAUGCUAUUCAAUUAUAAAUGGUUAUUAGUGGUUUGAGGAUCACUCAAAUGAGGAUUUUUUUUAAAUCAAUUAUGUCAAUCUGAUUAAAAGUAGACUGUAGCACUGUCCUCCUGUUGUUCAUCAAUUUGCCCUGAUUAAAAGUAUUAGUAGAAAAUUGAAUUUGAAAUCUAUAAAAAUUAUCCUAUAGUUUGGCUAGGUAUAGUGGUAAAGUGACUUGCCUUGCAUGUGACUGUCCCUGGUUAGAUCUCUGGCACUGUAUAUGGUCUCCCAGCAGUACCAAGGGGCAGUCGCUCCAGGGCAUGGCUAGGUGUGGUCCAAACCCUGCCCCCACCAAAAAAAAAAAAGUAAGAAAAUUACUUUAUACUUUUUAUUCAGCUUUCUUAAGAAUUAUGAGAUAAUUUGAAGAACAUUUUUUAACCCAAGACAGUAUCCUCAUGUAUUUAACAAAUAAUUUGAAAACUAGAUGGACAAUGUAGAGAGCUUAAGGUGCUUGCCUUCUGCAUACCUGUCACUGGUUCAUCUUGAGCAUCACGUAUCGUUCCCGGUGCCUCACCAAGAGUGAUUUCUGAGCUGAGAGCCAGGAGUAAGCCCUGAGCACCAUUGUGGGUGUCCUAACCUGCCCAACCCCUUCCCCAAAUAACAAAAAGGGGAAAAAAUAAAAUUAGAUUGAAAUAAAUCGUUUUAAACACACACAAACUAGUAAAAACUUGCAAGGCAAAUAUUUAUUUAAAAGAGCAAACUAUUUCCAGCUACCAUAAAAUAAUUUACAUAUAAGUAUGAAUCAUAAGUAGGACUUAGCUUUGAUUUUAAAAAAAUUUGGGGACUGGAGUGAUAGCACAGCAGGUAGGGCGUUUGCCUUGCAAUGCAGCCCAACCAAUUCCCAGCAUCCCAUAUGGUCCCCUAAGCACCGCCAGGAGCAAUUCCUGCGUGCAGAGUAACCCCUGUGCAUCACCAGUGUGACCCAAAAAGAAAAAAAAAUUACACUUCACUUUAUCCAACUCUGGAGAUUUAUUGUUAUUAUUUAGUUCUCCGUGUUAAAAUACCUCUAACUUAAUAUGACUAUUACUACUGUACUGUCAGUCUGUACCUAUAAAAUACAAUGUCACUGUUUUUAUGAAAUGUAUGUAACUUGUAUUAAUAAACAUGAAAGA